AUGGCCGGUGUCCUUAUAGUGAGAUUAAUAAAGGAGCCUAUUGCAAAUGGUGUGUUGUAUUUGCUUUCAGGCGGUGGAUCAGGCAACCAGUCGUUAAAUAAUCUAGUAAGAGAGCCGAUGACCAAGUAUAAGAAUGCAAUGGCUGAUUUAAAUGAACAUUCUAAAACCAAUUAUCAUAUGAUCUCUAGUCAAAGGGCAAAAGACUUCUUAAAAAACUAUGAAAAUGGAGACCAAACAGCGUUGUUCUCCACACUACCAGUUACUUCUGCCACUCCAGAACGCACGUUUUCUACUCUUAAAAGAAUAAAAACUUACCUGAGAUCAACAAUAUCCCAAGAAAGGCUAAAUGGUUUGGCUUUAACAAACAUUAAUAAGGAAGUAAAUGUAACUAUGGAGGAAAUAGCACAAGAUUUCAUAAAAAUCUCCGCCAGGAGAAUGCAAUUACAAGACUGGUCAAAAUAAUAAACAUUACUUAAAUUGUACAUGCUUUAAUAUAAGUACUUCAAUUGUCUUAAUCUUAAUUAAAUAUAAAAUAUAAUAUACUAAAACGUA